AUUUUGUUUUGGUUUUUGUACUUCCGAUAUUCCAAUAAAAAAGGUAAAUUCGACAGUGAUUGCGCCACUUAAUUUGCCUCAGUCAACCACGAAUUCAUUUGCCUGUCACUUCCCCAGAAGAGUCAUGGUGAACAUCAGUUUGUCUCUCGACCGUUCCGAUCGUAAGUACAACCCCGGUGAUGUAAUAAACUUGGAGGCACGGGUUCAAGUCAAUUCGGAACAGAAGUACCGAACGAUUUACGCGCGGGUUCAAGGAUACGCACAUGUAGAAUGGACGGAAUCGCGUCAGGUUCAACGUAACGGGAAAUCACACACCGAAUAUACGACCUACAGUUCUCAUGAAACUAUGUUCCAACAAUAUCAAACGUUGGCUGGCACAAGAUCGGGUCCUGAAGAACGCCUCACAGCUGGAACAUAUGUUUACCAUGCUAGAUUCGUGCUUCCGGCAAGCCUGCCCGAAAAUCACGAAAAUGAUUACGGUCACAUACGGUACGAAGCGAAAGUGCACAUGGAUGUUCCAUGGGGCUUCGACGAAAAGGAGCGCACGUCGUUCUACAUAAAUCCCCGAUUCGAUCUGAAUGAAUUCCCCCAUCUACGGGAACCGAUUUCUGAAGCCGCAAGCAAAACUUUCGGCUGUUGCUGUUGGGAGUCGGAACCGCUACAAAUUUUGAAUGUCCUACCUCGUAGAGGUUUCGUGCCUGGUGACCGAGUUCCGUACUCAAUCGAAUUGCAAAAUGAAAGCGAUGUGGCGAUUGAUUCAGCCACGGUAAGACUUGUGGAGAGAAUAGUUUACCAUGCGCAUAGUCCGCGAUCUAAGACUCGUGAAAGUAGUCGCACACUAUGGUCGUACGAUUUCAUCAGUGCAAAUAAUCGACAGCUGGUCUCUGCACUGCAAAACAAGGUGUACUCAACGGAAAUAUUUUUCGAUCCGUCGUGGGACUUUCAAUAUUUCACUGGUUGUGGAAUUAUCACCGUUGAGUAUCACCUGAAAUCGAAAGCUCGAACUUCGGGCUGUCAUACCAAUCUGAGCAACGACACUUCGAUCACUGUUGGAACAAUAUCUUCAGGGAUAUACGAGAGUAGAUUGCCGCCAUUGGCUCCAAUUGCACCAAUGGCACCAUUGAUGCCGUUUCCGUCAGCACCUUCUGCACCGCCAGGUGAACCAAUUUCUGAACAACCAUUACCGUCGUACAGUGAUACGCAAUCUAAGCCGAUGGCACCAGGUAUUGGAUGGUCUGGAACAGCUAGUAUGGAAACCCCACCACCGAGUUUUACCGAAAUCGAAUUUAUGAAGAAGAACGGAAAACAGGAGAAACAAUAGAUCGGUGAUGGUACCUGCCUGAUGGCAGACAGAUCGAAAUUUUUAAGACAUUAUUAUGCCUCUUUAAGAGACGUGUAAGUUCAAAGUUAAACAAACGCUAUUUGAUUUUGCUUUAAGUGUUAUGAUAUAUGAAAUCUAUUGUGCAAGAGUUGUUUCCUUUUUACAAGGUCUCUUGUUUAAUGUUAUGUUAAUGGUUGCCUUACAAAGAUAAAUCGGGCGUACAAUUGACAAGUAUAAUAUUCUCACGCGAUAUUAUGUAACCACAUUAGUGCCUAAGGUGUAAUUUUGUAAUCUCAAAAUAUU